AUGAGGAAAUCCGGAGGUAGAAGAAGAAAAGGUAAGGCUGGAUCGCAACCGAAUUCCCCAUCGUCAUCCAAUACCACAUUUGAACCUCUCCCUAGCCCAAAAACGCCCGAAAAAAGUUCACCUCUCGAGCCAAAGACGAAGCUGAAGCCCGAUCCAUCAAAUGAAUCCUAUAACAAAAACAAGAACGAACAUGUUACGAUCGUGUCAAGGCAAUUGAAGCUUGUUUACGAUAAUGACAUAAGGCUAGCCCACACGCCGAUGAAUUGCAGCUUCAAAGUAUUGAGAGAUACAAUAAAGAAAAUAUUUCCAUUGUUAAAUUCAUUUUUGAUAAAGUACAAAGAUAAUGAUGGUGAUUUGGUGACUAUAACCUCCACAGAAGAACUUAGAUUCGCGGAAUCUACUGUCGAUAGAAACGAUUCAAUUGGAGUUUUGAAACUAAAUAUCAUUGAAGUUAGCCCUGAAGACGAACCACCUUUAUUGAAAGAAGAAGAAAAAGACAACGAAAAACCAAAACGUGUAGAUCGUGUUUUGGAUGAAAAAGAUGGCACUACUUCUGAAAGCAAUAAAGUGGAAGAGAUGGAUGAUUGGUUAUAUGAAUUUGCGAGGUUAUUUAAUUCGCAUGUCGGUACCAAUGAAUCUAGUGAUUUGCGCGAGUUAGGGACAGAGUUUUGUUCAGAAGCACUUGAAGAUAUAGUGACUUGUGAUGAAGCUCUAGAUUUGUUUGAAAAAGCUGAAUUUAAGUUUCAAGAGGUUGCAGCUUUGGCAUUUUUCAAUUGGGGAAAUGUUCACAUGUGUGCUGCUAGGAAGUUUGUUAGGUUAGAUGAGAAUGAGAAUGAGGUUAUGGUAUUGAAAGAAUCAGAAUUUGAUUUUGUUAAGGAAAAGUACUAUUUAGCGCGAGAAAAGUACGAACAAGCAGUUGUGAUUAAACCUGAUUUUUAUGAGGGAUUAUUGGCUAUUGGACAACAACAAUUUGAAUUGGCUAAGCUUCAUUGGUCUUAUGCAACGGCUAAUAAGAUCGAUUUAGGUAAAGAGACACUUCGGCUUUUUGAUGGUGCUGAGGAGAAGAUGAGGGCUGCGAGCGAUAUGUGGGAGAGGUUGGAAGAAGAGAAACUUGACGAGCAAGGAAGUAGUGGGAUGAGAUCACAGAUUCAUCUUUUUUGGGGGAAUAUGUUGUUUGAAAGAUCUCAAGUCGAGUUUAAACUCGGAAUGAGUGAUUGGAAGAGAAAAUUGGAUGCUUCUGUUGAGAGGUUUAAGAGUGCCGGAGCUUCUCAGGCUGAUGUUUCGACGGUUUUGAACAAGCAUUGCUCGAAUGGAAAUGCUGGGGAUGGAGAAGUAAAGGGAUCAUCAAGAACACCAAAUGUAAUCAAAAUGAUGAAAUAG